AUGGCGCAGCCGGUGCAGCUGGCUCCGGGCUCGCUGGCGCUGGUGCUGAGCCCGCGAGAGACCGGGCAGGAGGCGGGGGAGCCGGGCGGCCGCGCGCUCUUCCGCGCCUUCCGCCGCGCCAACGCGCGCUGCUUCUGGAACGCACGGCUGGCGCGCGCCGCCUCGCGGCUGGCCUUUCUCGGCUGGCUGCGGCGCGGGGUGCUGCUGGUGCGCGCCCCCCGGCCCUGCGUGCAGGUGCUGCGGGAUGCUUGGCGCCGCCGAGCCCUGCGGCCGCCCCGAGGCUUCCGCAUCACCGCGGUGGGUGAUGUCCUCCCAGUGCAAAUGAGUCCCAUAGCCCAGUGUCGGUUUGUGUCCUUGGCUGAAGUUCUUUGCUGUGCUAUAGCUGAUAUGAAUGCACUUCAGGUGGCCGUAACACAGGAAUCCCUCUUUGAGCACUUGAUGGAACAUUACCCAGGUAUUGCUAUUCCUUCCCCAGACAUUCUCUACAGCACACUGGGGGCUCUAAUUCAACAGAGGAAGAUUUACCACACUGGAGAGGGCUACUUCAUAGUUACACCAGGCACAUACUUCAUCACAAAUAUGUCCAUGCAGGGAAAUAAGAGAGCCCUCCAGUCAGAUGAAGGGUGCUCGGGGCCCACUUCCGGGACCUAUCUGGUGAGUGUGGAUUGCUGUGCAGAGCCAACCCAGGAGAACAAGGCUCCCUUUUCCCACUGUCCUUCAUGUCACUGCUACCCCAGUACAAACAUGCAUGACUCGAAGGAUCUACUGGCUGCUACAGAAAUGACUAGAAAAAAACAGGAAGGUCUUGAUGAGCCCAUGGCUUUGACUAAGAAUCAGGUAGUUUCAGCAUCUGAAGACACCCACAUCUGUGUGAGCUCCAAACUAUUACCAUACACCAAAGACAAAGGCAAAAGAUUUGGUUUCAGGUUCUUGUGGCGCAGCUUAUCUAGAAAAGAGAAGGCCAAAGUGGAGUAUCACAGUUUCUCGGCACAGUUCCCACCUGAAGAAUGGCCGGUUCGAGAUGAGGACAGUUCCAACAACAUCCCCCGAGAUGUGGAACAUGCAAUAAUCAGAAGAAUUAACCCUGUACUGACUGUUGACAACUUAACCAAGCACACCACCCUAAUGCAAAAAUAUGAAGAACAGAAAAAAUAUAACAGCCAGGGCAUGUCGACGGACAUACUGACUACUAGGCACAAGUAUUCCUCUAAAGAGGCAAUUCGGAAAAGGCAGGGCCAGUUCGCCAAGCCCCACAGGCGGAGCUGUUCUCAUCGGGGUAGACACAAAGCAUGGAGCCAGGGAAGUGAGCUUGAGCCAAAGGAAAAGCACCCCAAGGUCCCGGCAGCCCAGCCUGCUUCCAGCACUAAAAGCUCCAGUGAACAAGUUCAUGACUUGCAUGGCAGGAAUCCAGCUGUGCCAGGCUCCCACUUGAUUUAUAAAAAGCAGAUCAACAAUCCAUUCCAGGGCAUGCAUCUUCGAGGGCACCCUGUAUCCAAAGGGUACAUAGUUCAGAAGACCUAUGGUCUGAAACCUAGUUGCAUCGGGCCGGAGGAAAAGCCUUUCCGGAGGGCAGGCUCUUCAGAUCCUUCCAGAGUCUUUGAUGGUGAAGCCCAACCGCCAUAUCUGGAACAAUGCUGUGAUAAUCUGGAAGCAGAAACCAGGAAUGUGGCGACGGCUCCUGACCAUCCAGUCAGUGAUGAUUUCAGAGGUGGCCCAGGAAAUUAUCCUCUACGUACAGUUUUGCCAAGCCAUGCUCGGUGCUGUUCCUUCAGGGAAAGUAUUCUACGAGCUGGUGUGUAUCAUGAGGAAAACAAGGUCCUCCCUGAAGUCUUGAGGAAAAGUUGGUCCGACUGUGACAUGUUCUUGGGGACUAAAGACAUGCAGCAGGUCCUGCCCGCACAACGUUGCUCUUUAGACCCAGACUCCUCUGUGUAUGCAGAGGAUAAGACAGUGGAUAAGACACUACACCAGUUCCAAAACCUCGGCCUCUUAGAUUGCCCAGUUGGUGCAAACCGUUUGAGGACUCAUGAAAGACAAGAUGGCGACUCAGAAGAACUAAGUAGGAAGGCAUUUCAAAUCCCAGAGGCGGAGACUAUGAAUAUGGAAAACAAGGGGCUUUCUGACAGUGAGCAGGACGAGGUGGCCUUAAGUCAGAGUGACCCUGGGGCUGGGGAUGACGGGGGAUGCAGUUCUCUGUGUUUAGAGGAUGAUGACUUCUCUGAGACAGAUGAUUUCUGUCACACACUGCCUGGACGCACUCAGUACUCCUUUGCAGGUAGAGGCACAUGGCAUCAUUUGGGAAGACCAGAUGUGACUGGGAGAUCUCUGACUGACUGUCAUAGCAAAACCGAUAGGCUUGAGCCUCCAGCGAUCGAAAGGAAUCACUGGUACAAGGCCACAGGGUUGUUUUCAAAUGCAGGGGAAAGCCCAAACCCUGAUCUCACUGACAACCCUGGCCAAAAUUCAGGGACUCCUUGGGGUUUCAACUAUGAAGGAGAGCCCACUGUUGCCCAUGUCCAGACUCCAGCAGCUGCUGGCGGAAGUUUACUUGAGUGUUCUACUGUAAGGAAAACCAGUUUCCCAGUUGAGAUCCUGCACGAUUCUCCUGGUGAUAGGGGGAAGAAUCCAACUGUCUGGAGACAGAGCCUUCCAAGUCAGGAAAUGAAAGAGCAUUUCACAGACAAGUUACAACUUGUCAAGACCUCCCACGGGCCAGUGUUGGCUCGGGAACCACAGCGAGAACACAGUCACCUAGAAGGGACAGAGAAUUACAGCGUGACUGGAGACAGUGGGAUCGAUUCCCCCAGGACGCAGAGCCUGGCAUCUACUAAUUCAGCCAUUUUGGAUAGACUUCAAAGACGACAGAAUCGUCUGCAGACCCGUGAAGGCGUUCAGAAGAGCCAAAACCUUGCAUCGAAUUCCUUGUUUCAAUUAACCCCAGCUAUAAAUGUCUAA